AUGCCCGUUCCUGAAUCGCCGCGCCUGACGCCACCAGAUUACCCUGUAGAAAACUCAACACUCUCCUUUCAGGUCCAAGCUCGGAGUCUGAGCCGCGAUUCUGUUCUCGUGAAAUGGUCUCCGAGUGAGAAGCCCAAUGGUAUCGUCAUCAAAUACCGUAUCUUCUACACGAACAAAGAUCGAGCGUCACCUGUAGCAUAUUGGCAAAUGCACGAAACGAAGUCCGACGAAUUGGUAGCGACAUUAUAUGGCUUGGAAACGGACACACGUUAUUUUAUCGUUGUGCAAGCACGAAACGCUAAAGGUGACAGCAAAAUGAGCGAUGUGGCUACGGUUACUACCAAGCACGGAAGAUACGUUGUGUGGUUCAACUCCACCGACGGCGAGAAAGAGUACACGUUGGCAUCUCCCCACGAGAAGCACAUCGUUAUGGGUCUUGAGCCGGAUACGACCUAUGCAUUUCGAGUCGCAGCGAUCUCAGCUCGAGGGCAGGGCGAAUUUUGUGAGCCCGUUGUGAUCAGGACCUUGCAAUCGAGUAAGUUCAACGCAGUUUUU